AUGAAACUGUUAACAGCUUAUAGUAUUGCAGCUUUGUUAGCUGCAGCGUCCCUAGCUGGUAUGCUAAAGGGCCAAGAGGGAAAAGAACCUAAUCCAUCUGUUUUGACUCUAGAAAAACGAGCAUUUCCUUAUUAUUCAUACUUUAUGACGUCGGUUCGGUCGGUAUUCGCCUACUUCGAUGCAUCGGAGCCAAUUACAGUAAAGGUAGCUUGGUGGGAAGCUUUAAUUGCUGGCGACGGCGGUUUAAUUGAUAUGGUUACCGAUAUUGAGAAUGCAUGCAAGUCAUGCAAGGCCGGUCAUAAAGAUCCCCCUGGUGGUUCUUGCGAAGAUGACGCAAAAGCUGCUGUAAAGAGUGUUUUGCAAAAUUCAUUGGUAGGAUUCUUAGGGUGGCACUUGCCAAAAUCAAUCACUUUCGUUCGCAGUUUAAAGGGCUCAGAUAAAGAUAAUGUUAAUUCACUUGUUCCACCUCUUGGAAAAUGCGCAUUUAUGUUGUGCACCUACGUUUUAGCAGGUAUUAAGAGAAUAUUCGGAUACUUCACUGGACCUUUGCCAGUUUGGGUAAAAGUUGGGUGGUGGGUGGCUCUCGUUAUUGCCGAUGGCAUUAUAUUUGGUCCGGCUACCCAAAUCGAGAACGCAUAUAAGUCAUGCGUCGCCAAUUAUAAAGAUCCACCUGAUGGAUCUUGUCAAGAUGACAUAUUAACUGUCGUACACAGUGGGGUGGAAAUAAUGGCCUCAGCGAUCGUACUAAGGCACUUACCUGAAUUAAUAACUUUAAUCCGCAGCCAGCAUCGCCCCAGCCGUAGUACUGUAAUAUGA